AUGCCAUCUACCGGGACCUCCACACCAACAGCGCGAGGAGGCGCAUCAGGCCGAGGGACGGGCGCAAAACGCGGGCGCAAGCCCAAGAACGCCAACGCUGAUGCCUCACGCACGCCCUCGAUCUCUCAGCCACCCAGUGCCCAACCCACCCUGUCAUGGGCCGAUUCUCAGCCAGGACCAAACUCCACCCAGUCUAUAGCAGGUGCAGGUUCGUCAAGUGCAGUAGCGUCGCCCACCACGUCCACCCAGGACGCGUCUGCGAACUUUGCGGAUGGUCUCAGCCUUCCUGGGGCGCAGGCCUCUGCAAGCACUCCUGCGCCUGGCGGGGACGCAGGAACGCCUGGGCCGUCAACAGCGGUACCAGCAGCCCCCGGCGCACAAGCGGGCGAGGAGGAUGAUAAUGGGGAGGAUGAGCUGCUGCCGGCGAUGGCGGAUGACGAUUACUCGGCGCAACUGUCGUGGCAGAGCCAGUCGAAGGACAAUCUCAAGGUGCUCAUGGACAACCUGAGCCCUGCACAAUACGAUCGGUUCGAAGCCUACCGUAGGUACGCUUUGUCGAAGCAAGCCGUUCGGAAGGUCAUCCAACAAACGACCGGAAACCAAGUCUCGCUGCCGGUCGCGCAGAUUAUCGCCGGUUUCGCGAAGGUAUUCGUGGGCGAGAUGGUGGAGAAAGCGAAAGACGUGCAGGAGCGCCGCCAGGAGAGCGGUCCGCUGAGCCCUGACCACCUUCGUGAGGCGUACCGAACGUACCAGAACGAGACGGGAAGAGUGGGUGCUGCCCGACCGUUGCGGGGAAAGCGUCUGUUCAACCGGUAA